CUCCUGUCUGAAGAUGAAGCGAAGAGGAUGCAAUCUAAAGCUGGACUUAGAACAAGUCCUCAACUAAGAUUUCAUUUCGCAAGAGUUUGUCUCUUCUUUGAUACGAUUCUGGCGCUGUUCGUCGGGAUACUCUUCGUUACCCUACUAGGGUCUCGUCAGUACAUAUUGUCCCGCUAUAGCCUAUACCCCAGAUCCCGUCCCAGCCGACAGCGGAGCAUGAGCUCAUCAACGACAUGCCUAUUCAGGCUCGCCGAAGAUUGACGUGAAGUCGUAAACCCAUGUAAGAUGUAGUACGCGACGGGGCCGGCAUUUAUAUAAGGUAGUAACGCCUUGUGCCUAUGAGGGUGAUUGUUUCCCACCAUCGCCAACUGUGUACCAUGCCUCUCGAAGUCUUGCCAGCUACCGAAGCCGAUGCUCAUAGAGCUGCGGCCAUUGAGUCCGUUGCCUAUGGCCCGAGUCCAGUAGGUGCAGUGUUGUUUCCAGGAGGGAGAAGUUCCGAGUCCUCAACAAGAGUCGCGGAUCUCAUUGCCGAUCUCCGGAAGGAUGCGGCCUGUCGAUGGGCUAAAGUCAUCGAUACUGAUAUAGAGAAAGAGGAAGACCAGAUGAUUGCCUUUGCUAUGUGGUAUAUCUGGGAGACUCCACCAACAAAGGAGCAGCAUUCUUUCUCUUCUUAUCGGGGGCCGAGCUGUAAUGCAGAAGCAUGCGAGCUCUUCUUCGGAGGCAUGGACAGCAUGAGGGUGAAUUACAUGAAAGGAAAGCCAUAUGUUUAUCUGAAACUCCUGCAUACAGACCCGAAGCACCACAGACGUGGUGCAGCCUCCCUGUUGCUCAGUUCGGGCCUUGCGGAAGCUGAUCGUCUGGGCCUUCCGGCAUGUUUAGAAUCCUCAGUACAAGGACGAAAACUUUACGAGAGAUUUGGCUUCGAGGAAGUAGAUAGCCAUACGUCUAACUUUUCAAGCUGGGGUGGUCCAUCAGAUGUCAUGGUUCCUCUGAUGAUUCGUCCUGUUGGAGGUCGACCAAUUAGCAAAGAGAGUCAGUAAAUGGCAAUUCGAUGAGGCAAUCGCCUUGCAAAUCGAGUAAAUAAGGUAGCCAGCAUACAUUUGAUCCAAUUACAUAUAAGUUAGUAGUAGUAUGGGUUUGUAAUCUUGCCCAUCCAUUCAGCAUUGUUGACGAGGUUUUUGAGCAGAUAUUUAUUUGUGGUCGUACUGACUGUGAGACCUUAAUGAGAACCCAAAAGAGUUCAAUUGUGUUGGAGGUUUCAUUGUGGUCAUUUAAGUAAGCUGGCUGUGAGGUGGUUCGUCUCCAAUCCCUUUUGGUCGCAAGAAAGAAGUUAUAGCACAGUCCUGCCGCCAUGGCCCUACCAGG